AUGUCGUUCCUCUUUGGAAAGGCAGACUCCUCUGCUGCUGCUACUUCCAAGUCGCCAGCGUCCUCCGCCAUGGAGAGCCAGAAUAUCCAGAUUCGCACGCCUGAAGAGGCUGUUGCGCGAAUCGCAUACCUUGCCAGCGAUGUCGUGGUUUCUGUCCAGCCGUCGCAAGGACAAGACUCGGCCUACUCGUCACAUCUCAAGCGAUAUGUUAGCAGAAAAGAUCCAGGACUAGUCGCAAAGUCCGAGGGUUCGGUCCCCGAGAUACAAUCCGUUAGGCACAAUACCGAUCCUCUACUCUCCGUCUUCGCGCCGAUUCGCUCUGGCCGCUUAACCUCCGUAACCACCACCUCGAGCAUCCUCCUCCCAUCCAUCGCCCACCUGUACAAGCUCGCCACAUACCCAGUCGUCAUCCAUGUCUCCCUAUCCCCAGCGCAGUUCCCGGACUACUCGUCGAUAACCGCCAUCAGAAACUCAGGAUGGACGUUCCUUCAGUCCGAGUCGCUGCAGGAGGCGCAAGACAUGGCCAUAACGGCGUAUGCUCUUGCUGUCCGCUCAGGAAAGGGUGUCAUCCACUUCUUCGACCCCAACUCGAGCUCUCACGACAAGCCCAUUCCUGCCGAGGAUCAAAGUCUGGUGCGCGAGUUAUUGAACCUGGAUGAUGUUCGCCGAUACCAGGCCAGCUCAGUACCGGAGUCGGGCAUCUAUGCUGAUGACGGAAGAGCUGUUGUGGCUUCGGAACAAUCAGAAGCCCCUGCAGGCACCACCAAGUCGAACGGACUUGCCGACUCGACAAUCCUUGGGGUGGCAUCGAAGGCGACCUCGACAAUUCUUGGGGCGGCAUCGAAGGCGACUUCUUCAGAGGGUUCAGAGAAGUCCAGCGAGCAGAGCAACUCUAGCGCCCCACCGAGUGCGUCUUCUGCCACCACCAUCGAAGCCUCGGCACCCCUUGUUACUUCGGAGGAUAUCUACAAAUACGUUACUUCGAUAUGGGCUCAGAUGAAGGAAACGGCUGGUCGUGAAUACCAUGCAUUCGAGUGGUCAGGACCAGCGACCGCCGAGAAGGCCAUCUUUGUGUUUGGAUCCGAUGCGGGCCUGUUUGCUGAGGCGCUCGACGCAGCUAAGCCUAACGAUAUCUACGCCAAAGCUGGCAUGAUAACUGCAAGACUAUACAGACCAUGGCUAGGCGCCAAGCUCCUCGAGCUCGUCCCUAAGUCGGUGAAGCGGAUUGCUGUUCUCGAGCAGAUUUCGAGGAAGACUACGAAAUGGGGUCCUCUAUUGAUCGAUGUCUUGACUUCGGUCAAGAGCAGUCCAGGUGGUGGUGUUGAGACCAUCGUUGGCCACCAACUUGGCUACAUCGCCCCUGACACCAUCCAGCAGGCGCUCAAGGGCAUUUUCCAGAACCUGACCUCGGAGAAGCCUCUUCAGAACCUAGAGAUAGGAAAGACGGACAGACCCGAGGACGUCGAGACUAGCGGCCUGGCACAGCCAAAGUUGGAAACAGCUUACACGAAGAUUCUGGAUCAACUUUUCGAGAAGCGAGUUUUUAUGGCGAAUGCUCUUAGCUCCAAGACGGCUGGCAUUUCGUCCACGAUAGCAGCCAGCCCAGAAUUUGGUUUCGGGUCCCUUCUUGCGCGCAAGGAGCAUCGCCAGAGAUUCGUGAAGGAGACUAAGCAAGCCGCAAGCACAGGCUCAUUCGUCACCGAAUCCCCCGUGAACUGGCUCGCAAAGUGGGCGGCCAGUGCCGAAGAUGCGCAAAAGGCUGGCGAGAUUGCCGACGAUGUGAUCGCACACCUCGAGACCGAUGGAUCUUCCACUGCCCGAGACCUUCUUUCAAACAAGGGGCUUUUCCGCAAAGAAUCCUUGUGGCUUAUUGGGUCUGAUGCAUGGGCUUAUGAUCUCGGUAACUCUGGUGUGCAUCAUGUCUUGGCUUCCGGCGAGAACGUCAACAUGCUCAUUAUCGAUUCGACACCCUACUCUGAGCGAGCUGCUGCGGACGCUGAGCGACGAAAGAAGGAUAUCGGUUUGUAUGCGAUGAACUUCGGUAAUGCCUAUGUCGCAUCUACUGCUGUCUACAGCUCGUACACCCAGGUUCUUCAGGCCAUGCUCGAAGCUGACAAGUUUAAUGGUCCCUCGAUCGUUCUCGCAUAUCUGCCCUACUUUGGCGAGCACGACUCUCCCUUGACUGUUCUCCAGGAGACCAAGAAGGCUGUGGACCUCGGCUACUGGCCCCUCUACAGAUGGAACCCUGAGAAUGAGAACAAGGGUGAACCCAACUUUUCGCUGGACUCGGAGCGCAUAAAGAACGAGCUGAAGGAGUUCCUCGCCAGAGAUAAUCAGCUGACUCAGCUGAUGCGACGAGAACCCGUGUUCGCCGCAAGCCUUUCCCAGGACUUUGGAACUGAAGUUCGUGCUCAGCAGAAGCGCAAAGCCAAGGAUGCCUACAACCAGCUUCUGGAAGGCCUCUUCGGUGCGCCUCUCACGAUUAUCUUCGCUUCCGACAACGGCAACGCCCAAUCAUUGGCGAAGCGACUCGGCACUAGGGGUCGGGCUCGAGGCCUGAAGACCACAGUCAUGGCCAUGGAGGACUAUCCCGUUGAAGACCUUUCCACUGAGGAGAACAUUGUCCUCAUCACAUCCACAGCCGGGCAGGGAGAGUUCCCUCAGAACGGUCUGCCUUUCUGGCAUGCCAUCAAAGACAUCACCGGUCUUGAUCUCGCGUCCGUGAACUACUCAGUGUUUGGUCUUGGUGACAGGCACUACUGGCCCCGCAAGGAGGACAGAGUCUACUACAACAAGCCGGCCAAGGACCUUGACAGAGUGAUUUCUAACUUUGGUGGCAAGAGACUAGCAGAGGUUGGUCUUGGUGAUGACCAGGAUCCCGAUGGUUAUCAGACUGGGUACUCGGUGUGGGAGCCUCAGAUCUGGCAAGCUUUGGGCGUCGCCAAUGUCGAAGGCCUGCCGGAGGAGCCGCCGCCAAUCACCAACGAAGACAUCAAGCUCGCCUCCAACUACCUCCGAGGAACCAUUGUUGAGGGUCUGAAUGAUCCCAGCACUGGCGCUAUCUCCGCUUCGGACCAGCAGCUCACCAAGUUCCACGGCACGUAUAUGCAAGACGACCGAGAUAUCCGCGAUGAGCGAAAGGCCCAAGGCUUAGAGCCUGCAUACUCUUUCAUGAUCCGUUGCAGACUGCCUGGCGGUGUCGCCACCCCCAAGCAGUGGGUACAGAUGGACGACAUCAGUACCGAACUUGGCAACGAGACCAUGAAGCUCACGACAAGGCAGACCUUCCAAUUCCACGGAGUUGUCAAGGGAAAGCUCAAGCCAGCCAUGCAAGCCAUCAACCGGUCGCUCAUGACUACCAUUGCCGCCUGUGGUGAUGUCAACAGAAAUGUCAUGUGCAGCUCGCUUCCUACUCAAUCACAGUACCACCGCGAAGUGUACGCAUCCUCGAAGAAGAUCAGCGACCACUUGCUGCCUGCCACUUCUGCCUACCACGAAAUCUGGUUGACAGACGACGACAACAAGAAGACGCAGGUAGCCGGUGAUGCCGUACAGGAUUUUGAGCCUAUGUACGGUCCCACCUACCUGCCCAGAAAGUUCAAGAUCACCAUUGCUAUCCCACCCCACAACGACACAGAUGUCUACGCCCACGACGUUGGCUUGAUCGCAAUCAAGGGCGACGAUGGCCAUCUUGUUGGGUUCAACGUGCUUGCCGGUGGUGGCAUGGGCGCGACCCACAACAACAAAAAGACCUAUCCCCAGAUGGGCCGCAUGAUAGGUUUCGCCAAAGCUGACGAAGUGCACAUUGCCUGCGAGAAGAUCAUGCUGGUGCAGAGGGACCAUGGCGACCGAAAGAACCGAAAGCACGCCCGCUUAAAGUACACAAUCGACGACAUGGGUGUUGACGUCUUUCGCCAAAAGGUCGAGGACAUGUGGGGCAAGUCGUUCGAACCAGAGCGGCCAUUCCACUUCAAGAGCAACAUCGACACCUUCGGCUGGCAGAAGGAUGAGACUGGCUUGAACCACUUCACCUUCUUCAUCGAGAACGGUCGCAUUGAGGACACUGCUGAGUUCCAGAUGAAGACCGGCCUACGCGAGAUCGCCCAGGUCCACAAGGGUGAAUUUAGAUUGACAGGAAACCAGCACUUGAUCCUGUCCAAUGUUACUGACGAAGACCUGCCUCGGAUGAAGGAGCUGAUGAAGAAGUACAAGCUUGACAACGUUCAGUUCUCUGGCCUGCGUCUGAGCUCAUCAGCUUGUGUCGCGUUCCCAACUUGCGGUCUGGCCAUGGCUGAGAGUGAACGAUACCUGCCAGUACUCAUCACCAAGCUGGAGGAAUGUCUCGAGGAGAAUGGACUGAAGCAAGAGUCAAUUGUCAUGCGUAUGACCGGAUGCCCCAACGGCUGUGCUCGCCCUUGGCUGGCGGAAGUCGCAUUCGUCGGCAAGGCCUUUGGCGCCUACAACAUGUACCUUGGUGGUGGAUACCAUGGACAACGUCUGAACAAGCUCUACCGGUCCAGCAUCAAGGAGGACGAGAUCCUCGCCAUCAUGAAGCCACUACUCAAGCGAUACGCCCUGGAGCGCGAGGAGGGCGAGAAAUUUGGAGACUUUUGUAUCCGCUCUGGCGUCAUCGUAGCCACGAAGGAGGGACAGGACUUCCAUGAUAACGUUGCCGAAGACGAAUCUGAUGAGGAAUGA